AAGCCUCACGCAGCAUCAGAUUCAAACCAUGAAGCUUAUAGCCGUCCUCGCCAUUUCUUCAUUUCCUCUUCUCUUACUUUUUCCUGGAGGAAAAUGUGGGAAGAUUUCUGGCGGUGAAGAAGCUGUUCCCCAUUCAAGACCAUUUAUGGCCUACCUUGAUGGCCCCUGUGGGGGUGCAUUAAUUGAAAAGGACUGGAUUCUGACAGCAGCCCGCUGUUACAGAAACAAAACUUUAAAAGUGAUGCUUGGGGCUCAUUCAGUUAUGGAAUAUGAAGAUAAAAGGCAAAUAAUCCAAUCGGAGAAAGUGGUGGUUCACCCAAACUUUAAUCCAUCAACCAAUGACCAUAAUCUCAUGCUGGUGAAGCUGAGUAAGAAAGCUGUUCUCAACAAGUUUGUGUCGCUGCUCCCACUACCAGCUGCUGCAGGAAGUCCCCCUGAUGGAACCCAAUGCAGCAUUGCCGGAUGGGGGAUCAUGGGGUAUAAUGGACAGCUAGCAGACAAACUUCAGGAAAUAAAUGUUGAAGUUAUAGAUAGAGAUAUCUGCAGUGGACCAGACUACCUUAAUAAACCAAUAAAGUCAAGCAUGAUAUGUGCUGGACAUCCCAACGAGAGAAAGGCUUUUUGUCAGGGAGAUUACGGUGGUCCACUCAUCUGUGAUGGCACUUACACGGCCAUUGCAUCAUAUGGUUUUAAAUGUGGAGAGAAAGCAAAACCCGGAGUCUACACGCUUCUCACUGAUGGCUACCUAAAAUGGAUAAAGGAAAAGAUACAGGAGUAUUGAAUGUUUUAUGUGUGUAUUAAAAAAUCUCCCAAUUUUUGAAUUAUAUUCCAGCUCCUAUAGCAAAGUAAUUUCAAUUUAAAUGCUUCUUUAAACUGUUUAAUACUGAUGUGAGUGAAUGAGGGUCACAGAUGGUUUUGUAGACCAAAAUUGUGUGGUUGACAAUUAAACUCCUUAUGCACAACUUCUUAGUUCUUUCUUAUUAAAAUCAGAGAAUUCAAGCUAGGCAGAUAUUUGUGUGUCAUGGUGGCACAGUGGCUAGCACUGCUGCCUUGUGGAUUCAGCCUCCAGGGAUAAAAUCCCAUGCCUGGUCACUGUGGCUAUGGAGUUUGCACAUUCUCCCCAUGUCUGCAUGGGUUUCUGGGCUGUAGACAAGCUUGCGUAGUUCAUUGGCAAUUCCAUUUUGGCCCUGUUGAUGUGCACGUGAGUGGACCUUGCAAUAUAAUUGCUCCCCAUCACAAUGCAGCAGGAAUAGACACAAGUUACAAAUAACAGAUAAGUGCAACUAUGGAUUUAUUAGGUUUGUCUAACCUUGUGUUUAACUAGUCAUGAAGAAUGGCUUGAAGCACCCCCUUAGCUACAGUGUCCGCUAUCAAGCCCCAUAACUCUUCACUUCUCCAUUGAAUUCCUUUGUCAUCAAUGUGGAAGGCUGGUCAGUCUUGUCAACAUCAAGAGAUUCCCUGCCAAGAUGGAAUUCUGUAGCCCGUCUCUUGACUGUGGGACAGGACCCAUUUGGGCUGACUAAAGAAAAGUGAAUUUCUGAAUAUGAUUUUGUUCUUUAGCAUUAAAAAUCCAAUGAUAGCACAUUACUUGGAUUUACAAUUUUUGACCACAAUGUUGAUUUAGAUUUGAAACAAGAUGCACACAUUUUAGCUGCUUGAAAUUUACAUAUAGAGCAGAUAAUCUUUGGACACUGACAAGAUCAGUAGUAUAGAUUACCCCUGUCAGGUUUGGGCUGAAAACCUUUUGAUCACCUUUUAUAAACACUUUUUAUGAAGUAAUACAUUCCUGUCAUGUGGGAGAUAAUAAAACUCAUUAGUCAACCACAUACAGUACAGCAUUCUUCAUAGUUUGCUCAAAGAAAGUAUAUUUCUGGAACCCAAAUUCAUUCAAUUUUUGCUUUUACACAUUAAGUGCUUAGAUGUCUAAUAUUCUUAUGAAAUGAAUGUGGUUUAUAAGUAAAACAUGCUGUGUUGUCUUUAAGCUUCAUGAUGGAAUAAAGCAAUAUGCUGAAAAUCAAA